AAAACCUCGCUGACACGAUCUUUGCUCUCCCCGUGCAAACAACUCUCUCUCCCGUCGGGAGCGCGCAUGCACGCCACUUGACUCUUUGAAGUCCUGCGUUCGGACUUUUGCUCCCGUCCGUCAUCUCCUCCGAGCGGACCCGCCAUGACGCGCCGUUUCCCGCCGCCGUGUCUGCUGCUGCUGCUGCUGCUCGCGACGCGCACGGCGAUGUCCUCCGGCGUGUUCGAGCUGAAGAUCGACGCGUUCACCAGCCAGCGGGCCUUGUGCCGCCAGCCCUCCCGGGACUGUCACGUCUUUUUCCGGGUGUGCCUCAAGCACUCCCAGGACGUCAUCAGCCCGGAGCCUCCGUGCACGUACGGGACCGCGCUCACCGAGAUCUUUGGCGCGGACGCCGAGUCCAUCAGCGGGAGCGCGCCCACCAGGGUGCCCUUCGCCUUCAAGUGGCCGGGAACAUUCUCUUUGAUCAUCGAGGCCUGGAAAUCUGAGUCAUCCGGACUCGACUCAACAGCGAAGCCAAACAACCUCAUCAGCCGGCUGGCGACGCGCCGCAAACUGGCGGUGGGCGCGGAGUGGUCGCAGGACGUGCACUUCGGCGAGCAGAGCGAGCUGCGCUACUCGUACCACGUGGUGUGCAACGACCAUUACCAUGGCAACGCCUGCUCCGCCUACUGCCGACCUCGCAACGACACUUUCGGACACUUCACCUGCGACCAAGAUGGCCGACGCCGCUGCCACGUGGGCUGGACGGGCGACUACUGCUCUGACCCCGUGUGUGCGGCGGGCUGCAGCGGCGAGCACGGCUACUGCGAGGAGCCCGGCGAGUGCGUGUGUCGGCAGGGCUGGCAGGGCGAGCGCUGCGACGAGUGCGACCGCCACCCGGGAUGCCUGCAUGGCACCUGCCAGCAGCCGUGGCAGUGCAACUGCAAGGAGGGCUGGGGAGGCCUGUACUGCGACCAAGACCUCAACUACUGCACCAACCACAAGCCGUGUCAGAACGAGGCGGCGUGCACCAACACGGGCCAGGGCAGCUACACGUGCACGUGCAAGCCCGGGUUCACGGGCAAGGACUGCGAGGUCCAAACCAACGAGUGCGAUAGCAACCCCUGCAGGAACGGCGCCAGCUGCAGGGAUUUAGUCGGCGGCUACUCGUGCGCCUGUCCUCAAGGCUUCAGGGGCAAGAACUGUGAGAUCGGCGCCAUGCUGUGCGUGGACGAGCCAUGUUUUAACGGUGGCACCUGCAGGGAGAGCGCCGGAGGAGGUUACACCUGUCUCUGCCCGCUUGGGUACGCCGGCUCCAACUGCGAGAUGAAGAACAACAAGUGCAGCAGCAACCCCUGCGCUAACGGCGCUCACUGUUUGGACUUGGGUCAGAGGGUGGUGUGUCGAUGUCGGCUGGGCUUCAUGGGCACACUCUGCGAGACCAAUGUGGACGACUGCGCUAGCAACCCUUGUCACAACGCCGGCACGUGCGUGGACAGCGUCAACGACUUCACGUGCACGUGCACGCUGGGCUUCAGCGGCAAGGACUGCUCCGUGCGCUCCAAUCCCUGCGACCACUUCCCCUGCGACAAUGGCGGCAAGUGUUACGCCCAUUUUUCGGGCCCCGUGUGCCAGUGCCUGCCGGGCUUCAUGGGCGCACGCUGCGAGUACGCCCUCAAGACCACGCCGCCUCCUGCCCCUGCCCUCACCUCUACCCCCGACAAUGGCAGCUUCCCUGCAGUGCUGGCCGCCGCCUGCGUUUUUGGCGUGCUGACGUUGACCCUGCUGGCGUGCGCCGCCGUCUUUAUCCUGCGUCAGCUCCGCUGGGGCAAGGGGCUCGCCGCCCUAUCCACCUCAGUCAAGAACGACCUAGAGGCGGUCAACAACCGCAACGCCGUCAUUGGCGGGGGCGGAGCCAGGAGCGUCAGCUUGGCGGGAGCGCUGCUGAGCGGCUUCAAGGAGAAGGAGAACUUCCACCUUCCUGGGGGACAGGUGAAAGUGUCCAACAAGGACGUCGCUCUGGUGGGCCGAGACAACGGGGCCAUCUUUAAAAACAAAAUGGCCGACUGCAACCUUGCCAAAGACGAACAACUCAACAAAAACAAAUUUGACCGGUCGUCUGCCAGCAUUCCACCUCUCAGUCUUGUCAAAGAUGUCUGCUACCAGCCGGUCUUCAUCAACCCCGAGCAACUGGAGCAGUGUGUCUUUGCUACUGAGGUGUGAGUGACGUCCAUGGAGCGAGGCUACAGGCUUCCUGUCCAGGACUUUAUUUCCUAGGACUAUUUAUUGCUGCUUAUUGCUGGAGACAAACGUUCCGCUGCAACGACAAAACCACCGACUGAAUGUCCUGCGUUAUUUUGCACUCUUUCUCUAUCUAUCUCUCUCUCUCUGGAUUGUUCAUGCAAUGAUACAUUUUUCCCACACGUUAUCCAAGAGCUCCUCAAAUCAGCAUCUACAUCAAGUGCUUCCUGUGCAAUUUCAAAGUAAGAGCAAGAAGAGGAUGCGUUGAAAGUGCCUGAGACACGACAACAAUCACACGCCGUGGAAGCGUGACAUUCCUGACACUCCCGGGAAGAAAAAAAACAUGUUAUUUUUGUACGCCAUUUGAUACCAAAAAUAUGUGUUUGUUAAUUUAUUAUUUAAUUUGUACAUAAAGCUGUAUUUAUAAGAGAUCACUGUAUAUACAUGUCCUCCUACCCAUCAGCAAAUAUAUUUUCACAAAUAAAUGACGAAAUCGA